GGCUGCUUUCCUGCUCCUAACGCGGCGAGCUGAUCCGCCGGCACCAUGCAGUCGGACGAUGUUAUCUGGAAUACACUAGGAAACAAACAAUUUUGUUCUUACAAAAUAAGAACCAAGACUCAGGGCUUUUGCAGAAAUGAAUAUAGUCUGACAGGUCUGUGCAACCGGUCGUCCUGUCCCCUGGCAAAUAGUCAGUAUGCUACCAUUAAAGAAGAGAAAGGGCAGUGCUACCUGUACAUGAAGGUCAUAGAGCGCGCAGCCUUCCCUCGGCGUCUCUGGGAGCGGGUCCGGCUUAAUAAAAACUAUGAGAAAGCACUGGAACAAAUAGAUGAAAAUUUGAUUUACUGGCCCCGCUUUAUCCGACACAAAUGUAAGCAGAGGUUUACCAAGAUAACCCAGUACCUGAUUCGGAUUAGAAAACUUACACUGAAGCGAAGGAAGAAACUUGUUCCUUUGAGUAAGAAGGUUGAAAGAAGGGAAAAACGAAGAGAGGAAAAGGCAUUAAUAGCCGCCCAGCUGGACAAUGCCAUUGAGAAGGAAUUGCUGGAGAGACUGAAACAAGACACGUAUGGCGACAUCUACAACUUCCCCAUCCACGCCUUCGACAAGGCCCUGGAGAAACAGGAAGCAGAAAGUGACUCUGAAGAUGAAGAAGAUGAGGAGGAAGAUGAAGAAGAGGAUGUGGGGAAAAGAGAGUUUGUAGAAGAUGAUGAGGUAGAGGAAAGUGACCUGAGUGACUUUGAGGAUAUGGAUAAGCUGAACACUGACAGUGAGGAAGAUGAUGAAUCCUCCCGUGAAGAAGAGGCUCAUAAGGCCAAACACAAAGGCAAAGCACCCUUGAAAGGACCUUUGCGGAAAAAACGGGCCUAUGUGGAAAUAGAGUAUGAACAGGAGACAGAGCCCAUGGCCAAAGCCAAAGCCACAUGAGUUCGAGUCCCACCUUUAUCCUGCAGUAGUCAACACUUGCGCUGUGCUCUUUUGUGCUCUAUUUCCUAAAGUAUUUAUAUUGUUAAUAUUUACACCGCUUCAGUGGAGCAGAAACCUGGAGUGAGUACGGAAGAGCCACGAGUUGUGAGGAGUAUUUUUAUAACAUGUGCUAUGACAGCUUGAGCCCAAGGAGCCGCACUGGCACUGGCUGUAAAUAUUUCUAAACUACAAGUGCUGAAUCCUCUCCUCCCAAUUUUUACUUAGAAACAUCAGUAUUUCAAUUUUUUUCUUACGUGGACAAAUUGGAGAAGAUAAAAUUUCAACUUAUAUUUUAAUACAAAAAUAGAUUUUUUUUAAAUGCCCAUGAGUCCGUCCAUAUGAACGGGGUAAGAAGAGCAGUCUUUCCUGCUGGUUAGUCAUCUCCAGGGUCCUCGCCGGGAGCCUCUGCAGAGCCCUGCACCUUCCUGAUGCAGCUCACCACUGUGCUGUCGUCACAGGACAGGGCGAUGUUAGCCAGAAGACCCUGAAACACAAGAGCAACCAGGCGCUGGUUUCCCCACAGCCUUUACUCUUUUAUCACAUACUGAAAAGGUGAGAGUGCAUGGCCUAGGGGAGAGUGCCAUCAGACAGCAGUUUCUCAGAACCGGCCCUCGCUUGUAGACGGCUGGCUCGGAAGAACCCCCUCCACUCUAGCCAAGGUGUCAGUUGGACCCUCAGCUGGAAAACUGCCCAAACCAGGGCUGCAGGGCAGUGGCCAAAUAAACCGAAAACAGCUGGCCA